AUGGGAAAUGCGGAAAAGGAACGCCGAGCUCGAGUGUCACCUAGGAAUCCGCCAGUGGUAUCACAACUGGAAUUUUUACCUGCAGAAAUCCAGUAUGCCAUCAUGGAUUACUUGGGAUAUAAAGACGUAUUGAAAGUCCAGAAAGCUCUUCGAUGGACCCUCCCAGGGCCCUACUGGAGGACUCGCAUUGACACCCGACUUUUCUUUGAGGUGAACGAAGUGCUUGGUGAUGAGCGCAUUAACUGGCAGUUUCUAGCUCUGCAAUUGGAGAAGGGGGAGGCCGGGCCUGCUCGAAUAUUCCUGUGUGAUCUUCUCCAGGAUCUCGUCAGGGACUUUAAACGGUUACUGGACGAGGACCAAAGUGAACAAUCCGCAUGA